UUUUGUAGACUGGCUAGCGGAGUAUGACAAAAGUCCUCUUGAGUGAUGAAGACACUGUACAUUCCAAGGUAGUGUCGUUCCAGCGGAAGCUUUCCGAGAUUCAAUUUCCCGAAGACGAUGUAGCUUACUGGGAUGCAAUGGCCUCGGCCUUGUCAGUCGGAUGGCUUGACGUUGUUAUAGCGUUCUUGCGGAUGCAUGGAUCGUAUCGAUUGGAUCAGCUUGAUGACCGGCAGACUGAAAAUGGCCUCGUAGAAGCAGUUACGCUGCUCAUUAUGCAAAUGCCGCGGCUGCGCCCGAGGCUCCCUGAUGGAAGUCCUGGUGUUGCUAUAGGUUUUAAGCCUGACUUUUCUAAGGCGAGGGAAAAAUGGCGAAGUCAGGUUUCCAAGCUUGAAAAUAGUGUGUUUUGGGCGGAAUGCAACCACCGUGGGACGCUUCUUGGUCUUAAGAAGCUAAUACAGGUGCUAUUGGGAAACGUUGAUGUUCUACAGCUCUCUACGUUUCACUGGAUGGAGUCGCUGGUGCAGGUCUUAGAUGGAAUGCGUAGCAUAGCUUCCAAGUGCAAAGGAUUGAAAAGUUCUGGGGACGAAGACCUUGAAGAACUUUUAUCUGCAAUUAUCAGCAACGACACCGAGCUAGCACCUGUUUACCUCGCGGCUUGCCCAAAGCAAGGCCUGGGAAUGCUUGAAGCUCUCCUAAUGAAGCAGAGUUGUUCCAAUCAGAUACUGGCAUUGAAGUUUAAAGCAUGGAAAGAAGGGCCAAGGGAUAAUGUGGCUUCAAUUGGCCCGAGACGAGCAGAGGCUUUCUGA